ACAGCGACUUUGCAGCAAUUCGAAACACUUUGCAGCACAACGAAGGAUUCCGUUACCAGGGUAACAGUCCAUUCUCGCACGCCAUUCGAUGAAACGCUGCCGGAAAGCUGUUCGCUGUCAUGGAAGCUGCAUUGCCACGUCAUGGCCGAAAAGUUUGAUAAUCUCGAAGAACACCUCGAGAAAUUCGUCGAAAACAUACGACAGUUUGGGAUUAUUGUCAGCGAUUUCCAGCCCAGCAGUCAAACCGGACUCAAUCAGAAACUGAACUUUAUGAUCACAGGACUGCAGGACAUUGAGAAAUGCCGGCAGCAGCUUCAUGAUAUCAACGUCCCGUUGGAAGUGUUCGAGUAUAUUGAUCAGGGUCGUAACCCUCAACUGUACACAAAGGAGUGCUUAGAAAGAGCUUUGGCUAAAAAUGAACAGGUCAAAGGAAAGAUUGACACACUGACUAAAUUUAAAAGCCUCCUAAUUUCUGAGCUGGGGAAGGUUUUUCCUGAAGAGAUGGCUAAAUAUAAGGCCAUUCAUGGAGAUGACCCUCCUUCAUAAGUUACCAGUACCACAACACUUCAAACGCAAGAUGUACAUAUGUUGAUAAUAAUAUGUUUUUUAAGGCUGAAUUCAUCAGUGAAAUAUGCAAAUUUUUACAGCUUUUUCAUCUUUAUAUUUGCCUUUGUAAUUCAUAAGAUUACAGUUCAAAAACUGAGGGACAUUUUGGGGCAUCCUUGAAACAGUGCAAAGCUUUUUUUCCUCAUGAAUUGUAAUUUUCGCAGCAUAAUUUUUUAUUUUUCGUUGAAUAAAUGAUUAUUUUGUGUAAUGACAA